ACGCUGCUGAUGGCGCACGCGCUGCGCCGGAUCCUGUACAGCACGUGGCGACCCCUGCCACUCUUCUGCCACCUCUUCGUGGGGCUCCCAGGAGAGGUCCAGACCCUGCACCUCCUGCUCUGCCGCUCCUUCCAGCUCUGCUACCUCCUGGCGCACCCCGAGGAGCAGGCGGGCGAGGGGGAUCUGCCGGGGCCUGGGGUGCUGUGGGAGCCCCUCAACCCUGACGAGGUGUCACGCAAUGUCAACGCCCUGGUGUCCUUCCGCCGCCUGCCCGUGCCCGCCGGCCUCGGCCCCCUGGGUGCAGGGCACAUUUUCACCCCCUCCACCCCCCAGGACCGGCGGUCGGAGGUGGAGGGCAGAGCUUGGCGCCCAGGCAACCUCUACUGCUCCCCAGUCCUGGUGCGCAAGAAAGCCAUCCGCAGCGGGCUUACCGCGACUGCGCCGGCAGUGGGAUGGGAGAGCAAAGGCAUGCGGAGCUUGGCCUUCCUCCCUGAAAACGAGAGCGUCCUCGCCGAGAGCGUGUGGUCUUUCGCCGGCGUCGCCAGGUGA